AUGGCUCGACUGACUCUUCGAAAAAGCCUCCAAUCCGUGCCUUACGAGAUGCCAAACCCCCACCUAUCAAAGUGGGGGUAUCCAUUCCUGGAUAGAAAGAUUCACAUAAAAGGCCAGAUACUCGACACAUUUCUGAAGUCACUCAGCUCUCAGUCCCUUCUUUCAUACUCCAGGAAUCAGCAAGCCAUCAUGCCUCCCCCCGAUACCAACGAGAUUUCUGCCCUUCUCCACGCUUACGGCAACGCUCUGAAAAGCCGAAAUGUGGACGAAGCAGUCGCUCUUUACACGGAAGACGGGGUCAUCAUGCCGCCGCACUUCUCGGCCAGUACAGGCACUGAGGCUCUACGCGAUUCAUACACACGCAUUUUUGCAACCAUUCAGCUCGUUAUCACCUUUCAAAUUGAAGAGAUCGUUGUUAUGUCUCCGGAGUGGGCUUUUGCCAGGACGACGGCUGAAGGAACGAAAACGAUACUUGCCACCCAGGAGUCUGAGCCACAUGCGAAUCAGGAAUUGUUCAUCUUGAGGAGGGAGCAUGGGAAGUGGCUGAUCGCUAGAUAUGCCUUUUCUAGCAUGAAGCCGUUGGUGCAGAAUGGAAUUCGACGGAGUUAG